AUGUCUGAUUCCAAAAAAGGCGGCGAUCUGUUCGAUAUGGCCAAGGAUGGCACAUCCAUUCCUGGCGAUGCUGGGAAGCAAGACACGAUCAAAUCCGUCCCCAACCCUCAUCAGCGCGAUGGUGAGGCCGCAGGCGGUCUUGGCUCUUCCGACUUGGCUGGUGCAGCAGACAACGCUGUACUUUCAGCUUCCGAAGGCCGCGAGUUUGGAGUCGGCGAGGGAAUCAGUGCGACGGGCCACGAUAUUCCUCAGUCUGUUACCGGAAAGCCUGGUGGUCGAGGUGGAACCCAAGGCAAGGAGGAGAUCAGAAGAGAUACAGGCGCUUUCGCAAAUAGGGAGAAUUAA